AUGAGCUUAUCAUCUCCAACCAGUGCCUGUAGUUCGUCGAGAUGUUACUCUUCGGGUUUAUCUUUGCCGAUUGGGUUUCGAUCCAAUCCCAUCAAUGUCGGAUUGGUUUGUUACCCAACAAGACACAAUGAUGCUGCUCGGAAAUUUGUCGUAGCUUGCUCCUCCUCCUCUUCCGAUCCACUAUUGGUUAAGGCUGCGAAAGGGCAAGCCGUGAGUCGCCCUCCAGCUUGGAUGAUGAGGCAAGCAGGAAGGUAUAUGGCUGUUUACCAAAAGCUCGCCAAGAAACACCCGUCCUUCAGGGAGAGAUCAGAGAACACUGAUCUAAUAGUGGAAAUCUCUUUGCAGCCUUGGCAAGCUUUCAGACCAGACGGCGUCAUCAUUUUCUCUGAUAUUCUCACGCCUUUACCUGCAUUCGGUGUCCCUUUUGACAUCGAAGAGGUAAAAGGCCCCGUUAUCCAAUCUCCCGUCCGAUCUGAAGAAGAUUUGAAGAAGUUGCAUCCUAUUGAUCUCGAUAAACUUCAGUUCGUUGGAGAUUCUCUCAAGAUUCUGAGACAAGAGGUCGGGGAACAUGCUGCGGUAUUGGGUUUCGUUGGAGCGCCUUGGACAAUUGCGACUUAUAUUGUUGAAGGAGGAACGACUCGGACGUAUACAGUCAUAAAGAGUAUGUGCCACACUGCACCAAAUGUAUUGAGAGCUCUCUUAUCUCAUUUAACCAAGGCCAUCACCGAGUAUGUUGUUUACCAAGUUGAGCAUGGAGCUCACUGCAUACAAAUAUUCGAUUCAUGGGGCGGACAAUUGACUCCCGAUAUGUGGGAGUGUUGGUCCAAACCCUACAUCGAAGAGAUCAUUCAUGCUGUAAAGAGAAGAUGUCCAGAUACGCCGAUAGUUUUCUACAUCAAUGGAAACGGUGGCCUUCUUGAACGAAUGAAAGGAACUGGAGCUGAUGUUAUUGGACUUGACUGGACUGUGGAUAUGGCUGAUGGAAGGAGGCGAUUAGGAAGCGACGUUAGUGUGCAGGGAAAUGUUGAUCCAGCUUACCUAUUCUCUCCGCUUCCUGCUUUAACCGAAGAAAUUCAAAGAGUUGUGAAGAGUGCUGGACCAAAAGGGCAUAUACUCAACCUAGGACACGGUGUCUUGGUAGGGACGCCAGAGGAAGCCGUGGCUCAUUUCUUUGAAACCGCUAGAAGCUUGGAUUACCAAACAGUCUUCCAAAAUCAUGUCCCCGCAGAAAAAGCUGAACCUGAAUUGGUUGCCUGA